AUGGCCGUGGAACAGACGGAGGCGGCGAAAGUUGCCUCGCCGCCUUUGGGCAAUUCUCACGAGUCUAUCACUAUAGUUCCUGAAGAAGCUGACCAACCCGACGUCAAACUCGAUAAGCAAGCCACUGGAAGCUCAAGCUUCACAUCUUUUCUCCGUGUUUUCACAUACAACGAUAAGCUAGGAUGGCUCUUAAACGUCAUCGCCUGCCUGGGAAUGAUAGGCGCAGGCGUGGUUCUCCCUCUGAUGGACGUUGUAUUUGGAAAGUUUGUCAAUACGUUUAACAACUUCGUUACCGGCAAGCUGUCGCCCGAUGGGUACAUGGACGAAGUUAGCCACUUUACGCUGUACUUUGUAUAUCUCUUUAUUGGUAAAUUUUGCUUGACCUUCCUUUGGACCGUCCUCGUCAAUAUUACCGCCAUCCGUACAACGAAGGAACUUCGAGUCGACUUUGUGCGCCAGACUCUGCGCCAGGAGAUCUCCUUUUUCGACACUCCAUCCUCGUCGGUAUCUGGCCAAAUCUCCGCCAACGGAAAUCUUGUCAACAACGGCAUAUCGGAGAAGCUUGGACUCAUCAUUCAGGCUCUCUCUAUGUUUGUGGCUGCCUUUGUCAUUGCGUUUAUAGUACAAUGGAAAUUGACUCUCAUCACACUAGCUAUUGUGCCAGUCAAUACCAUAGUCACACUGGGCUGCAUCUAUGUGGAUGCAUUGUACGAGUAUAGGAUGUUUGAUAUAUACGCGGAAUCGGGGUCGCUUGCUGAAGAAGCUUUUGCAACCAUCCGUACCGCCCACGCGUUCUGGGCUUUCCCCAAGCUGACCAUGAGAUUUGACCGGAUAUUAGAGAGAGCUCAACAGAUUGGCAAGAAAAAGUCUCUGGUCUAUGCUAUUCUGUUUCCCAUUGAGUUCUUUAGUGUCAUUGCGGGAUAUGCUUUAGCCUUUUGGCAGGGAAUGAGGAUGUAUGCAAGUGGCGAGAUCCAAAAUCCGGGCACAGUUGUUACCGUGAUUUUUGCCGUCCUGGUCGCAGCUCAAGCUCUCACGCAGAUUGCACCACAGACUAUUGCCAUUUCUAAAGCAAUGGCUGCGGCUCAAGACCUCUUCGUCAUUAUCGACCGACAAUCCGCGAUUGAUUCCCUUUCAGAGGGCGGGGAGACUAUCGAGAAUUUCAAGGGCGAUAUUAAACUUCGCAAAGUGCGCUUUUCGUAUCCCUCCCGGCCUGGUGUUCCGGUAUUGCACGGAUUGGACUUGGAUAUUCCGUCAGAUAAGACUACCGCGCUAGUAGGUGCUAGUGGUUCCGGAAAGAGUACAAUAUUUGGGUUACUAGAGCGUUGGUAUACCUACUCUGCGGGAACGAUCACACUUGACAAUUACAAGCUAGAAGAUCUUAACUUGCGCUGGCUAAGGACCAAUAUUCGACUCGUUCAGCAGGAGCCUACUCUUUUCAGUGGAACUAUUUACCAGAAUGUUGUAUAUGGUCUUACGGGCACCGACAAGGAGGAUCUGCCUCAUGAAAUGCGCAAACCUCUUGUCAUUGAGGCCUGUAAAGCGGCUUUUGCUCACGAGUUUAUUGAAGAUCUGCCAAGAGGGUAUGACACCUGGAUUGGCGAGAGGGGGGCGUCGCUAUCAGGUGGUCAGAAGCAGCGUAUUGUCAUUGCCCGCAGUAUUAUCUCCAAUCCGAAGGUGCUCUUAUUGGAUGAGGCCACCAGUGCCCUCGACCCAAAUGCCGAGAAAAUUGUCCAGGCUGCAUUGAAUAACGUUGCCAAGGGCCGGACCAUGGUUAUUAUUGCUCAUCGAUUAUCGACAAUUCGUGAUGCGGACAAUAUAAUCGUCAUGUCGAAAGGCGAAACUGUCGAAAAUGGAACACACCCCGAGUUGAUUCAACGGGCAGGAGCGUACGCUAGGCUUGUUCGAGCACAGGAUUUGGGAAAGACGUCUGAUUCCAUCGGAGAUGAGCCCGAGGAUGAGAAGGAUGCCCGGGUAGUCGACGUGGAUAAAGAGCUCACACGGGUCUCGACAACGGGUACGAUAUAUGAGGAGACGAGGGGCGGAGGGAAGCGCUACGGCCUACUACACGGACUGAUAUUAGUUCUCAAAGAGCAAAGAACUCUGUGGUGGCCGACGUUUGUUGUUCUUCUGACAUGUGUUGCUGGAGGCGGUACCUAUCCGGCCCUUGCCGUCUUGUUCUCUAAGAUGAUGGAAGCUUUUGAAACUAUUGACGUUGACAAGGGUAACUUUUUCGCUCUAAUGUUCUUCGUUGUAGCCUUGGGAAACCUCGUGCUGUAUGCUGUUGCUGGCUGGUUGUCGAACAUUGUUGCGCAGACUACUAUGAGGUAUUAUCGAGGCGAGAUCUUCAACAACACGCUCCGUCAAGACAUGCCAUUCUUCGACAAACCCGAAAACGGAACAGGGGCUCUCGUGUCACGGUUGGCAUCAGAGCCCACUAGCCUCCAGGAACUACUGUCAAUGAACAUUUCUCUCUUAGUCAUCUGCAUCGUAAACCUCGUGGCCAGCUGCAUCCUCGCCAUCAUAUCAGGCUGGAAGUUGGGAUUGGUUCUGACGUUUGGUGCUCUCCCAUUCGUCGUGGGUUCGGGAUAUAUGCGGAUUCGACUAGAGUUCAAGUUUGAAGGAGACACCGUUGAGCGCUUCGCCAAGAGCAGUGCUGUAGCAGCUGAAGCAGUCAUGGGGAUCAGGACAGUUUCAUCCCUUGCGCUCGAACGAGCCGUGAUUGAGAGAUACCGAGAGAAAUUACAAGGUAUCGCGCGUCAUGCUAUUGGCAGUCUUGGCUAUAAAAUGUUCUUCUAUGCACUCAGCCAGUCUGUCUCUAUGCUUGCCAUGGGUCUGGGGUUCUGGUAUGGUGGCAAGCUUGUGUCCACGGGCGAAUACACCUCUGGUCAGUUUUACAUUAUAUUUAUCGCGAUUGUGUUCUCUGGGGAAGCUGCCGCUAUGCUAUUCCAGUAUUCGACAAGCAUUACCAAGGCCGGGACGGCCAUCAAUUAUAUUUUCCGGCUCCGUCGGGACCGAAUUCUCUUUGACGAUGACGAUAGCGGCGGGCGACCUGAGGGCAACGGCACCGUUGCUGAAAAGGGAACCAGUGGAAAGGGCACAGAAAUGACCUUUGACAAAGUCCAGUUCUCUUAUCCCUUACGACCGAAGCAAAAGGUCCUCCGCGGUGUUGACGUGGCCAUCAAGUCCGGCAAAAUGGUUGCUCUUGUAGGAGCCUCUGGCUGCGGAAAGUCCACCAUGAUAGCGCUCCUGCAACGCUUUUACGACCCGACAAGCGGCGAGCUCCGUGCCAACGGUCAAGAUGUAAAGAGCCUCGAUCGGUGCAAGUACCGUCGCGACAUCGGACUUGUUCAACAAGAACCCGUGCUCUACCAGGGCUCCAUACGAGAAAAUAUCUCUCUGGGCAUUGAAAAAGGCGAUCCAUCGGAAGCACAAAUCAUCGAGGCCUGCAAAAGCGCCAAUGUAUGGGACUUUGUCUCGUCCUUACCAGAAGGCCUUGAUACAGCAUGCGGUAACCAGGGUCUGUCUCUGUCAGGUGGUCAACGCCAACGAAUUGCCAUUGCAAGAGCCUUGAUUCGAAAGCCGCGAUUGUUGCUGCUCGACGAGGCUACAAGUGCCUUGGACACUGAAUCGGAAAAGGUUGUGAAGGAGGCGUUGGACCGUGCGGCAGAGGGCAGAACUACCAUUGCCGUUGCCCAUCGACUAAGCACGAUUCGCGAUGCUGAUGUGAUUGCCGUGUUUGCCAAGGGUAAUAUUGUGGAAUUGGGGACGCAUGACGAACUGGUGGAUAAAAAGGGCAUGUACUAUGAGAUGGUGCUGGGGCAGUCGUUGGAUCGGGAGUCUUGA